UAAAGAAUCACGUCAAUUUGUUACGCAAAUAAUUUCGAUUUAUAUUCCGCUGUGAAACAUUAAUUCCGCGUUGGUUUAAUAAGUUUAUUCACAAAUAGUGAGGAAAAAUGUGUGUAAUCAGUGCAAUUUGAAUAUUUUUUAAGACGCAAGUUUAAGUUGUGAUAUUGUGAAAAUGAAUGGUAAAAAGCACAGUGAAACGGGCACUUUCUCGCCCGAUGGUAUGCGAGCCGAAAUACUAAAUCCAUUUGUUCAUAAAUUGGAAUUAGACAAUACGUAUGAUAAAAUUAGGACGGCGAUCUUCACUGUCAUCCUCCUUCCGUUUCGGGUGAUUGUCAUUUGUUACCUGAUCGUGACGGCCUGGUUCCUUGCUUGCAUCGGCCUUUAUGGCUUGAGCGAGGAAGACUUACGGAAAAAACCCAUGACUGGCUGGAGAAGCAAACUGCGCUUCUCAAUUCUGUCUCUCGUUCGGUUGGUGGUGGUGGCGGCUGGGUUCCAUCGCGUGCGAAUUGUGGGUCGUGAAAAUCUUCCAAAGAGUCCACGUGAUGCGCCCGUACUGGUCAUCGCGCCCCACUCAUCGUUCUUCGACGCAAUUGCUAUAGUCUGCCUCGGAGCUCCCAGCGUGGUCGCGAAGGCUGACACCGCAAGGCUGCCCUUUAUAGGACAACUUAUUAACUACACUCAGCCCGUGUAUGUAUGGCGAGACGAUCCUAACUCACGCCAGAAUACCAUCAAGGAGAUUAUCGAGAGAGCUACUUCUAAAGAAGACUGGCCUCAGGUUUUGAUCUUCCCGGAGGGUACGUGCACAAAUCGCUCAUGCUUGAUCACGUUUAAACCGGGGGGCUUCUAUCCCGGCGUGCCCGUGCAGCCAGUCACCAUCCGGUAUCCCAAUGCGCGGGAUACUGUCACAUGGACUUGGGAAGGACCUGGCGCACUAAAACUCUUGUGGUUGACUUUGACCCAAGUGCACAGUUCGUGUGAAAUCGAGUUCUUGCCGGUGUACUACCCGAGUGAAGAAGAGAAACAAGACCCUAAGUUGUACGCCAGGAACGUCAGAGACGUCAUGGCUAAGGCUCUAGGCGUGCCAGUGCUCGACUACACGUAUGAUGAUUGCCGUCUUAUUGCAAGGGCUAAGCAGUUAGGAAUUCCAUGUGCAUCUGCCAUCAGAGAGAUCAGCGAACUGAGAGCGCAACUGGGCUUAGAUCGUUCACACUUGGAGGUUCACUUAGCUUCUGAAGGUCUUAAAGGAAAGAAGAAAUGGCUCAACAAGGAAGAGUUCGCACAAAGAUUAGGAGUGCCUUACGACAUACAUUCCCAGAGACUCUUCGAUAUAUUUGUUCAAAAUUCGAGUGGUCUGGUGAACUUCGCGGACUACAUCCUGUGUGCUAUGUUCCUGUCGGUGCCGCACGCGCCACUGUCGCACGUACUAUCGUGCACUUUCAGGCUAUACGACGAAACACACUCGGGUUUCAUAAAAUGCGAUACGUUUGAAGAAAUAGCGAUUCGCGUUCUCGGACUUUGUCGGGAAGACGCGCAGAACACGUUCAAACAGGUGGAUCUUGAUGAAAAGGGAUACAUUACAUACGAGGAAUUUAUAAAGUUCGCACAGGAAAGAAACGAAUACGCAUUCUUAUUUGUCAGCGAUAAUUCAUUCAAGCCGAAAACGAAACCGAAAACCCAGUGAGAGUCAGAACACAUACCGACUGUCUGCAGGCAAGUACCAUAGAUAUGUGGUACUUCACAUUAUUUUAUUUUAUGAAAUUUAAUUUCGUAAUUUUAUUUAUUUUUAGCAUAUAUUUUUCACUGUAGCAACACUGAUGUUGAUUUAUGGCAACACAUGUUCAAUGUUUUUAAUAUAUUACAAUU